AUGAUGUUUUUAUGGGAUGGAUGCUAUAUAGGUUCAUCAUUAUGGAUGGCACACUGGACUUAAUAAGCUAGUGAAGAUUUAGUAAAUGGAGUAGAAACAGAAAACUUUUUCUAUUUAGCAAUUUAUUCAGUACUUUCUUUAAGUUAUGGUAUAUUGGCAUUUCUUCGAUCAUGA